ACCACUUGAGUUUUUCGCCUAUCUUAUGGGCAUGCACAGACAGCUCUUCUCUCGCGUUACGCCGUAAAACUAGCUACAUUUCACAGUGACCACAGGAGCUGCGUCAACUUGACUGCCUCCUAGCCCAGAAGGACACAAACAAACAUGUCGACUGUCUUCUCCUUCCAGACACAGCUCGUCUCCAUCAUGGACGCGUUAUCCAAAACAGCCGCGGUGGAAAUAAGCAAACUGGUCGAGAUCGAGUCGAAGAUGCUUAAAAUCGAGAUAACUCGCGGGCGCAACGAAAUCGUCUCGCUCACUGAGAAACUACAGCUGAUGGAGAACUUGCUUUACAUCGCUCAGGGGGGCAGGCGGCAGGACGCGGCAUGCUCAGGGGCGAGGGGCGCGUCCGAGGACGGGAUACUGGAGCCGGACGGGACGGGACUACAUGCCGUGAAAGGUGAAAGCCCAUGGGAAAGCAUGAGUUCCUCCACUGAGAUGAGCACAUGGCAUCAUGUUCAAGGUGAAGAGCAUGCCAUAGUUGAACUCCCAAACCCACUGAAAGAGCAACCAGAACUCAUCGUGGUAAAGGAAGAGCCACUGGAGGUGGACAACAGUGACUGUGAACAACACAGGACAAGUGAACACCGAAGGAAAGCAUUAACGGACACCCCGAAGAGUUCAGAAGUGAUUCAGUGUCCCAAACCUGUCGCGGAGCGCCUGCAGUCUAUGUCAACUGAACGCUUUGUGACCAUGAGCAGCCAGUCGUCUCUCGCUGCACCAGGGAGGAGGGAAAUACAGUGGAAUCCACAGCUUACACCUACACACACAAACCAAGUGGCUGGGAAAAGCCUGGCUCAAAAUGUUGCCUCCCAAAGCUUAAGUGUGCUCAGGAAUAUGAAGCUUCACAACUUGAGGAACUCUGCUGCGAAGAGGUUCGGGUGCUUGCAGUGCGGAAAGAGCUUCAGAUGCUUUAGCCAGCUUGAAAUACACCAGAGGAGUCACACAGGAGAGAAACCAUUCAGGUGCACGUUGUGUGGAAAGAGAUACGCUCAAAAAGGACAUUUGUACACACACCAGCGCACACACACUGGGGAGAAGCCCUACCGCUGUCCUAUUUGUGGAAAGGGCUUUAUUCAAAAAUGCACCCUUGAUAUGCAUCAGCGUACACACACCGGGGAAAAACCUUUUGUUUGUGUCAAAUGUGGCAAGGGCUUUACCAAGAACUGCAAUCUGAAAAAACACCUCGCUGUACAUCUAGAUCCUAUGGUAGUGAUGUAUGGUAGUGAACCUAGUGUACCUACAUAUAGUGGGACAUUCAUAAAUGGGAACACCUAUCGCUCACAUUUCGACACACCCAGCCUCCCUUUCGAGAUGAUGUGCGACACCACAAACCGAAGUUUUCGGGCGCAGUUAGCCGCCGUCCUGGAUAAGCUAACGAAGGCGGCUUUGGUGGAAAUAGGCAACCUCGCCGACGAAUGCUCCUCCGUCCUUCACACCGAGAUAUCUCUCCACAAAACGGAGAACGAGGCGCUGAAGAGGAGGUGCUACAUACUGGAGGUCCAGCUGAGAGCCGCGAGGGAGGCGCAGACUUAUUCUGCUCAUGUCAACAGUGUUAACCGCCGACACUCCGCAGAACCGCAACAGUCUGCUCCAGCCAUCGAUGGAGUGUUUGGAAAGGACUGGUGCAUGGAUCUGUGGAGAGACGAUAAGCUGCCCCCCCAAAGGAAGGAGGCAGUGGAGCCUCCUGCUAUGACGAGCAUGGGGGCCCAGGCGAUAGACUUAAUGGAGAGCGAACCUGACCUCAUCUUUGUCAAGGAGGAGAUUUAUGACGAUCAUCCCAUUGGCCAACACAUGGGGCUCACAGAUAAUAGAAAAGUUGUUGGGAUUUUUGACGAGGACAGCAUGCUUCAUAGAUCUGUUGACGAGCUGCAGCUUCAUUCCGGGGAAUUAAACGGCUUCCCCAUGACGGCUGACAGUCAAACACAACAACGCACACAGCCGACAAUUAUGGACAAGUUGAUCGACGUUGCAACAAUGAACACUCUGGUUGACGACGCGCAUCUUCCCUCGGCCGCCGCCGAAUACUCCGACUAUACAGACAGCAUCCGGGUGAAUGCCACCAAAGAUGUCAACAUUCAGCCAAAACCCAUGAAGCCGACAAAGCGGUUUGAGUGCUUAUUCUGUGGGAAGAUAUUCAACUAUCUGAGCAGUUUAAAAGUGCACAUCAGGCGACACUCCGGCGAGAAGCCGUUCAGCUGCUCGGUUUGCGGGAAGCGGUUCGCUCAGAAAACGUACCUGAAACUGCACCAGCGCGUGCACUCCGGAGAGAAGCCGUACAGCUGUCCAGACUGUGGCAAAAGUUUUUCCCAGAAAAGCUCUCUGAACAUACAUCUUCGAACGCACACGGGGGAAAAGCCUUACAGCUGUGUGGAUUGUGGGAAAUGUUAUGCGUACAAGUACGGUUUAAAUCACCACCAGUGUUUCAACUGACUGAUCGAACCAUGCGGUCAGUAUUAAUACUACAUUUAUCAAUAUUUAUUCGUGUGAAGAAACCGAUCAUAACUGCUACUUCGAGUGCACGCUGUAUUGCUCAAAGGAGCUCGAUGUGGAUUUGAAAUACUACUAUUUAUAUCAAAGACAGUUAUGGUUAAUGGUGCUGCUGCUGCAAAAUCUAGUUUGAUGUGUGUUUUUAGCUUUAGUGUGAAGAGAAAUGCUGCAGCAGCCAAACAAGGGUGACAGAGAAUAUCUGUCCUCUAGUGUACCAUUUGAAUUAGCGGGGUUUGGCUUAUUGUUACAUUUGUCAUGCCCUCAAUGAGUAUGUGAAGUCAGUAAUACAUAAUUAUGUUAUUAAGUGUCAUGGAUCAGAUGAGCUAUCUGCUGCUGACAUUUAAUGUGAGAUACUCAUCCAAACUAUGACAUAAAUACUUACAUUUUAUACAUUGCAUGUUGUCAUAUGGUUGGGGUAACAUAUUAUACCUCAGUGUUUUCAUGCCACCAAAAGGCCUGGGUCAAAUAGUGCCAAAAUACUUACAAGUGCUCCAUUGUUUGCACACAUGUAGCAAAAACCUUCAAAACUACCUCUUCACAACAAUGUAGAAGUAAAACAACUGGCUCCGUUGCCCAGUCUCUCCACGUGUCACACGUCAUGCCUCAUUCCUUCCGAUUUCGAGUAAAGAAAGUGGGAACGUCUUAUCUUUUUGAUACACACAACCGUUUGAAGUGUCGGUUUCAUGGAAUUCAAAAUGAGUGGUUCUGGUUUAAAUGGUGUUACUGUUUUAAAUAAAUGUAUUCGUAUGAGUGCAUCACAAUUGUAGAAAGAUACGUUGUGUUGUCAAUGUACAUUCAAGCCAAAUUCCAUUGGUUUAUUUUCUAAAUGUUAAGCAUAAGCGUUUGAAUUAUAUUUUAUUCUGUACUGAACUGUCAUACUAAUCACCUAUUUUGCCUGUCCUAUGGUUCCCCCGAGUAGACUCAGACCCACUAAGUGGAUUAUCGCUACCCAAGAAAUUAAUCUUGAGCCCCCACCCACCCACCUACCUACCUUUCACUCAAAGCUGCAUGCACUUCACAGAGCCCCGUCACAUGUGCAUUGUUGAAUAUGUAAAGACUGUAAAAACUGGUUCUUCAAGUUUCAAAUUUGAAAAAAAAAGAAUACUUAAAAAAAAAAAGUUGACUUCUAUCAAAUAAAAGUUUAAUCAGAAAAACAUUCAUGUGUUUUAUUGUAAGGACAGCAAACUAAAACUAGACUUCACAACCGUGCUGAAGUCUUAAAAUGAACUGCCCUUAGAGACUAAUGUGAGAAGUGGCACAUGAUGCAUUCAGAUAAAUACAGCUACCGUCUUGACAAUAUGUCUCCUUGCUUAUGGGCUGUUACUAUUUCUGUGUGCCAUUAAAUGAUGGUUGAGGUUGACCUUUUGUGUGAAUGUCUUCCCACAUUUAACACAGCGGAACGGUUUCUCUCCGCUGUGGAUGCGGAGGUGACAUUUCAGAUUGCCUUUCUGGGUGAACCCUUUCCCACAUAAGCUGCACCGGUGUGGUUUCUCUCCUGUGUGGACAACAGCGUGAAUCCUCAGAGCUGACGAGUUUGCAAAGGUCUUCCCGCACAGCCGACACGACUUACUGACUCUCUGAGAGGAAACUCGAGACAAGCAGGCGUGCGAGUUAAACUUGUACCUUUGAGGGAACUGCCGCUUGCAAAUGUUGCAAAAGUUGGACUUGUGGCACUUCAUGUGGUGCGUAAGAGUGCCCUUGUGGAAGAAUGUCAUGCCGCACAUUUCACACGAGAAUUUGUCUUUGUUUGGGUGUCUGGCGGUUUCAACAUGAAGCGUAUUAAAGUCAUCAAGGGAAUCCGGAGCGGUGCUGUCUUCAGAGUUGUUGGCAGGUAAUGUGUUGCGUUUGUUGUGUCUGGGCCCACCUUCAGCAUGCAUUGUUGGCUUUUGUUGACUUUCUUCCACAAAUUGUUCCUGUUCCUCCUGUUCCUCCUGUUCUUCUUCUUCCUCUUCCUCCUCCUCCUCCUCCU